AUGGCAAUGACUGACCAAGAUGAGGAUUGGGUUUUUGUUUCCCGUGAUUGCGAUCAGCCAGAACCCCCUUAUCUCCGCGAUAUCAGCUCGCAUGUCGAUAGCAUUGCUGACUCGUUGUGGCCGGUAAACAAGAAGAUCCAUGAUAACCCAGAGCUGAACUACAAAGAAUAUAUUGCUCAUGAGGCCCUGGUCAAUUUCAUGAGGUCUCAAGAGGGUUGGAAGGUGACUCCAUCGGUCUAUGGUCUUGAGACAGCAUGGAUAGCGGUGCAUGACACCGGACGUAAAGGGCCGGUGGUCUCUUUCAAUGUUGAGAUGGGCAUAGGGCACGCCUGCGGACACAAUCUCAUCGCAACCGCCUCGCUGGCAGGCGGCCUUGCCACAGCAGAGCUGAUGCGCAAACACUCCUUGCCGGGAAAAGUCAUUCUCUUCGGAACGCCCGCCGAAGAGGGCGGUGGCGGCAAGAUAAGGCUGAUUCACGCCGGCGCGUACAGAGACCACGAGGUUGAUUUGAAUCUCAUUUCACACCCCGGCAUUGUGCACGACGCCGCGCUCAUGCGGACGGCGGCAUACACGCGCUUCAAGGUCGAGUACUUCGGCCGAGAGGCGCACGCAGCCGCGAACCCAUGGCUUGGGAUCAACGCGCUCGAUGCCCUGAUAACGGCGUACAAUUCAGUGUCAAUGCUGAGACAACAGACCAUGCCGGGUGACAUCAUCCAAGGCCACAUCACAGACGGCGGCGCGGCGCCUAAUAUAAUCCAUGCCUAUGCCGCGGGCGUGUUCGUGGUGAGGUCAGACACACGCGCUCGACUCAAAGAGCUCAAGGAGAAGGUCGACGCCUGCUUCGAGGCAGGCGCCAAAGCCACAGGGGCAAGACUCAAGAUGACCGAGGAGCAGACGUACGCCGACCACGUCCCCAACCGCGUUUUGGCGAGGAGCUACACCCGAUACUUCAACUGCAUGGUUCCCCCGAAGGAUGAUCCGUACGAGCCGCCUACAUCGAGAAUACCACUUGACCAGGACGUCGAUGAGGCGAGAGGAGCAACGAGGGCUAGCUCAGAUCAAGGUGACAUCAGCUAUCAGAUGCCCAGCUUGAACGUCGCUUUUUCGAUUUUCCCUGGCCCAAAAGGACAGGGCCCUCACAGCCCUGACUUUGCAGUGGCGUCUGGAACGAUGGACGCAUUUGAGCGUUGCUUGAGGGUUGGAAAAGCGAUGGCCGGGACGGCACUGGAUGUCCUGUCUCAGAAGAAUCUGUUGCAAGAUGUGAAGUCUCGUUGGAAGAAGGAUAUGGAAAGAUACGGAUAA